UCCAUCACCAUGACGGCGACAGUGGGAGGUCUUCUCCUGUGUCUUGUGGUGUCAGCAUGCCGCUGCCAGGAGACUCCACCUGGCCCUCCUGGACCAACUGAGGGUCCACAGCCAACCGGACCACCUGGCCCACCAACUGGAGGCCCUGAUCCGACAGGUCAACCUACUGGAGGUCCUGAACCAACUGGACCACCAGGCACACCAACAGGAGGUCCUGAACCAACUGGGCCACCUGGCCCACCAACUGGAGGUCCUGAACCAACAGGUCAGCCCACUGGAGGUCCUCAACCGACUGGAGGGCCCCAACCAACUGGUGGACCUCAGCCUACAGAAGGCCCACAGCCUACUGAACCACCAGGGCCACCAGGACCGCCUUCUGGGGGACUUUGGGGUUUCUGAAUUCCUGCACACGCAUCUGCGAAACAUCAAGACAUUUCGGCCAAGAUACUUACUUUUAACUCUACCUGAUUUUACAGAUGGAAGUGUUCUGGAAAUCGCUUUGUAAAAUUAUUUCUCAUUAAAUCAGCAUUGUAAAAUC